CUUUCUACAGAUGGCAAAUAUAUAAAUAUAUCGUAUCGCAAUGAAAGGAUACGAUUUACAAAUUUGGAAAAUUGCCAAUCGAUAUUUUCUUAGAAUACCCUAAAAAAGCCAGGGGGAUUGCAAUGUUUACGAUUCACCCAAAACCUAUCGAUAUUAUAGAGAUACGAUAGGGCCUCGCACAGAUGUUUUGGAUACAGCACUUUAAAAGUGGGACGCCGUUUAUAAAACGUCUGCAAAGAGGAAAACCCAAAUAUUCCGAGGACCAGGAGUCCGGGAAAUCUUAACCGCCACUGGAGUGUUCAAAAACUUUUCCUCGAAAAAAAUCCAUAGCAGCCCGGGACUUUUCAAUCGAUUCCAGAAAUUUCACAUUCGGGUUCGAUACAGAAUGAUAACUGGGUGAACACAAUCGGUGGCAAAUAUAUACAAUACUAUGAAAAUGGACCGAAUCCUGAAACGCAGACGACCCCUAUCGCCAAUUGAUUUAUUCAGUACACCUGCCAAAGAACCUACCCCACCAACGACUAAAGCCGUUCGUCGGAUUGCCAUCAACGACUUUAUAAUCAUAUCGCGACAAUUGCUGAUCAAUAGAGCCGGCCGGGAUCCGGAUAGACGCAGUGCCAAGAUGCUGGUGAUCCUGGAGAGCUUCAAGCAGUAUGUGAUCACCUUCACACUGCCCAGUUCCUCGUGCACCGUACAGGAUCUGCUCCGCGAGAUGGGCGUAGAGUUCGACGAGAGGACCACCAUCGAUGCCACCGAGAAAUCUGAGGGCACCUUCCAUGUGGUGGUCUGUGUGGGUUUCAUCAUGAGCGAGGCCGCCGACGAGUUGGCUAAAAGCACUGAGAAGGUCUACAACGAGAUGCAUCUGGCAAAGAAGUCGGAAGGUGGGGCUGCCAUAGCCCCAAAGAUGCCCGAACCCAUUGAUUUAAGUAGUAAGCCAGCUGCUGCGGAGGACAUCAAUGGCAACCAGCAGGCUGCAGAGGCUCCCGGGUGCAGCAAGAAACGCACGCACCGUUCUUCAAGUGGGAAUACUACUUCUCCUGGUGGCUCCCAGUUCCAGGAGCAAUCUGCAGAGUCUCGCAAGCAUAAGAAGCACAAGAAAAGCCGUUCUUCAAGUAGCAAAUCAAAGGACAGCCAUAGCCAUCAGACUUCUGAUAGGAAGGAACUUCCAGAGGCUAAACCACCUGCUUCGAAGGGCAACAACGUUUCGCUGGAGCGGAAUGCAGAUGCUCGCAAAAGCAGGAAGCACAAGAAGCAUAAGAAGCACAGUUCGAGAUCUUCAGGUGAAAAGUCGGCUGUUCCAAAGGAUUACCAUGGUUCUCAGUCCAAAGAAAGCUGCUCUACAGGUGAAAAGCCCCAUACUUCAAGGGACAACAAGGGUUCCCAGUCGCGGAAGUCCAAAGAAAGCAGCUCCACAGAUGAAAAUUUCCGUAUUCCAAAGGUCAAACCUGGUUCCCAAUUGCUCCAGUCGCAGAAAUCCAAAGAAAGCAGCUCUGUAGAUGAAAAACCCCAUACUUCAAGGCACAACCAUGGUUCCCAGUCGCAGAAAUCCAAAGAAAUCAGCUCCACAGAUGGAAAUUCACGUACUCUAAAGUUUAACUUUGGAUCCCAAUUUGUCCGCUCGGUGAAAUCCAAAAGAAGCAGCUCUUUAGACGAAAAAACCCAUACUCCAAAGGAAAACAUUAUUACCCAUAGGCUACAGUGGCCAAGGCAAUCUCGGGAAGAAGUGCUUAGUGGCGCCCAAUUUCCCAUCUCAUUCGGGAACAAAAUCAACGAUUUCAAGCCACGAUCGGCUUUCCAAUCCUGGCCAGCUGCCAGUACACCCGGUGAAAAACCAAAAACACCUGAAGAAAAAGCCGAACUGAGCCGCCUGCGCAGGAAUCGCAGGUGGAUCCUUAGUCGGGACUGUGAUGAUGAUGAUGACGAUGAUACUGUGGUGCUGCUGAGCAGCAGCAGCGAGGAUGAGGAGACCACCACCACAGCGAAGAAGACCAAACAAGCUUCAAAAAGUCGACUGUCCAUCGAUGAGAAUCUAACCCUGCUUAUGUAUCCGCCCACGGGAACCGGUGCCCUGAGCAUCGGCAUGAAGGACUACAUGUGCCUCAGUCGGGGCAGCUAUCUGAACGACAUCAUCAUCGAUUUCUAUCUGCGCUGGCUCAAGAAUAAUGUCAUACCAGAGGGUCAGCGCGAGAGGACGCACAUCUUUAGUACAUUUUUCCAUAAGAGAUUGACCACAUUGACGCGUCCCAUAAACGCCAAACAGUCGGCGGCCCAGAAGCGCCACGAAAGGGUCCAAAAAUGGACCCGUACUGUGGAUAUAUUCGAUAAGGAUUUUAUAAUCAUACCAUUCAACGAGCAGGCCCAUUGGAUACUGGCCAUUAUAUGCUUUCCCAGUCUCAGCGGACCGGUGGCCUAUGAUGAUGAUGAUAAGUUGAGCCGCGAUGGGCCCAUAAAACAACCAGUGAUCCUCAUCUUCGACUCCUUGGCGAUCACGUCGCGUCAUCGGGCGAUAGCCAUAUUGCGGGAUUAUCUAACCUGCGAGUACCGGGCCAAGAAUCCCAAGGGGAAGGCGCACAUCUUCAACAAGGACAAUAUGCCCGGGCAUCGCGUCGAGGUGCCCCAGCAGGAGAAUCUCACGGAUUGCGGCCUGUAUCUGCUGCAAUACGUGGAGCAAUUCUUCACAAAACCCAUCAAAGACUAUAGACUGCCGAUUACUGAGCUGGUUGAAUGGUUUGAUCUGCUCACAGUGACCAAAAAACGCGAGGACAUUGCAAAUCUCAUACAGAAACUGAUGGACGAGGGCAAUCCGCAAAAGCAGCGCAAGAUUCUGCCCGUCCUCGAGUUUCCCACACUGAAUGGCCAAAUGGUGGAGGAGGAUUGAACGAUUUUCGACACAUUUCCGAUCGAUAGGAAAAGAUAAACUCUUUACACACACCAUAUAAUGGGGUGUUUUUUUUUCAAGAAGACUUUAGUACAUCAUCCAAAAAUUAUUUGCAAAACUGACCAAGACAACUUUUAAAGUUCAAAGGCAGUACCUAGCAGCAUUAUACACCACAUAAUUUACACUUUACAAAAGGAUGCACAAGGACCAACACAAAAUACAACUACAUUUUGCCAAGUUAUUGUUGAUCUGCGAAAGGGAAAUACUUUGAAAGGGUUCUAUCAUUGUAUCAUAUUAAUGUAGACUUUCUAAAACGACAUAUAAAUUCAUUUUUAUGGAUUACAAGUGAGAAACCUGAGGUUCACUGAAAAAAGAGUGUAUUUGGGGUCACCAAAAUGCGAAAUUGUAAGAUAACACUUGCCAACAAAUAAAUGAGGGUCACCAACAGGAAAAAGGUCUACAAGAGCAUAAAGAAGCUUACUGAUGAAAAAAUUGGAUCACCAAGAGGAUUUUAAGUAUCCAGGUGAAAGAUUUGGGUCACCAAGAGGUUUUCUAAGUAUCCAGGUGAAAGAAAUGGGCCAAAAAGAGGAUUUUUAAGUAUUCAGGUGAAAGAAUUGGGUCACCCAGAGGUUGUAGAAGCAUUUAGAAAAAAUAAUUGGGUCACCAAUAAAAGAAGAAGGGUCACCAAGACCAGAAAAGUGGCCAUAAAGGCAAAGCCAGUCGCCAGCAAGUGAAAAAGGGUCACCAACAAAAGAAAAAGAGUUGCCAAUGAUAGGAAAACGGGCUUAAAGUAAAGGCUAGUCACCAGAAAACUAUGAAUGGUCACAUAUAAAACUAAAAUGGGUCACCAGACCUACGAAAUGUCAGAUGCUUGAUGCAAAAAAAAUAUAUAUAUAGCUUUACAGUAUACCAAAAAUGAAUCCUAAGAUAAGCCAGUAACUCGAAAUUCGCAGGGUAUUACAGAUCAGCAUUUUACACGCGUUUCUAAGCCCACACACACACGCACACACACAUAGGCUAACGUUCAUACGAUCUCUGUGUAUGGGUGGGGGUUUCGGCGAUAAGAAAAUCGAGCCAUAAAGUCGCGCCGGCGAUUCUGCUGACGCUCAGUUGCUUUGGAGCGAUUCUUCGACGCAGACGAACGGCGGAGUUUACGGAACGUCCGAAAGAACAACAAAUAAACAGGCUGAAAAGCAAAGGGGAGAGAGAGGGGACAAAA